UAAAUUUCUCGAGAUUCUUGAAUUUGCCCCGCUAAGGAUAAACCAGCUCCAGCCAACACUGACCACACGGCCUUCUGGCACCCGACGAACCUUAACCACCCGUCUUCGAUGUCGGCAAGCAACUGCAAAUUCCAUACAAAUCGGAAUUAAAUACCUUCGCACUGGCAACGACACCCACGAGGCCUCUCCCUCACCAUGGAUCUGGACACGCCCAUGGGCAUGGCUCCCAUGGCCCCCAUGGCGGGCACCGCGCGGACUGGCGCAACGAUCCUCUGCUGCAACUGCGGCGUUCCCAUUGACGGCACUGCAUCUGCCGGUGCCCUCUGCUACGACUGUAUCAAAUCCACCGUCGACAUUUCACAAGGCAUACCACGCGAGGGCACCCUGCAUUUCUGCCGAGACUGCGACCGAUGGCUCAUGCCGCCCGCAAGCUGGGUGGCUGCCGCGCCCGAGUCCCGAGAGCUACUGUCGCUCUGCCUCAAACGGCUACGAAACCUUGGCAAAGUCCGCAUUAUCGACGCCCGGUUUGUGUGGACUGAGCCUCACUCGCGCCGUAUCAAAGUGAAGAUCACGAUCCAGGACUCGGUCGCCGACGGCGUCCUGAUGCAGCAGAGCUUCGAGGUGGUUUACGUCGUCGCCUACCAACAGUGCCGCGAGUGUGCCAAGUCGUACACCGCGAACGUCUGGCGCGCCAACGUGCAGGUGCGGCAGAAGGUCACCCACAAGAGGACAUUCCUCCUCCUCGAACAGUUGAUUCUCAAGCACCAGGCGCACCGCGACACAAUAAACAUCAAGGAGGAAAAGGACGGCAUCGACUUCUUCUUUGCCCACCGGAACCAGGCGGAAGCCUUCAUUCACUUCCUCAAAUCCGUGGUCCCGGUAAAUGUCAAGGAUUCUAGGCAUCUCAUCUCAGCAGACACCCACACAGGCAACAAACAGUACAAGUUCAACUACUCGGCCGAGAUCGUUCCGAUUUGCAGAGAUGACCUGGUGGCGCUGCCACUGAAGCUGGCCAAGUCAAUCGGAAACAUUUCCCCGCUCGUGCUCUGCUACAAGAUAGGCACGUCAGUCAACCUCCUCGACCCGAACACGCUGCAGACGGCCGAGCUCAGUUCCGACGUCUAUUGGCGGGCCCCCUUCCAGCCGCUGGCGGGUGCCACGGAAAUGGUCGAGUUCAUCGUCAUGGACAUCGAGCCGACCGGCCAGCGCAGGGGGAAGUGGGUGCUCGGCGAGGCGACAGUAGCGAGGGCAUCCGACCUCGGCGUCAACGACAACACGUACUUCGCCAGGACACAUCUCGGCCACCUCCUGCGCGCGGGCGACUCGGUCAUGGGCUACAUGCUGACGGGGACGAACUUCAACUCGGACGCGCUGGACGCCAUCGAGAACUCGCGGGCGUACGGGUCCACCAUCCCGGACGUGGUCCUGGUCAAGAAGCACUACCCGAACCGGCGCAAGAACAGGAGGCGCAACUGGAAGCUCAAGCGCAUGGCCAAGGACGAGGGCGAGCUGGCGCCCAAGCCGGCCGACCAGGCGCGCAUGGAGGCCGAGUACGAGAUGUUCCUGCGGGAUGUCGAGGAGGACGAGGAGUUGCGGGCCGCUCUGGCGCUGUACAAGAACACCAAGAAGAAGAAGCCGCAGGACGCCGACGCCAUGAGCAUUGCCGAGACGGAGAUGACGGAAGAUGAUGGGCCCAAGAUCAACAUGGACGAGCUGCUGGAUGACUUUGAUGAGCUGGACAUUCAAGACGACGAGCACGCAUGAGGGUGUCGAGGGUCUGUGUGUAGUCUUGGCCGAGAGGUUUGGUUAUGAAAGGGACUCCAAUUAUUAUGACUGGCAUGUCUAUCAACCCCGAUCUCUGACUGUUCCAGAAAAAGGAAUGUUAUGAACAUGACAUGAUACCCGUCGCGAAACUGGCUCCACCCCUUGCGUUCAUCGUGACAAUCCCCAAGACACAGGCAACCCUCGCUGAACCAUUGGCCAUUGCCCAGCUCACGUACAUACAUCAGCACAGCCUGCCCGAGUCCAAAUCCAGCAAUGCAAAACCCUGACCCAAGCACU